AUGAGCUUAAUGACAGCCACACUUACAGCCGCCGAAAUCAACGCCCUUAGCGACCCGACCAAACCAAACGACGACGCGAUUCGCGAUCUCGACGCAGCUUCCCACUCGUUAAACAUUGAUGACGCGCCCUUCUUCCAGUCGAUACGGGUAAAAAAUACGCUCGAUGCAUACGUCGAACGGGCGGAGCUAGAGCCAAGUGUAGAAGUGCUUGUAGUAAUCUUAAACUGCGAGUACAAGCUCUGGAAGGCGCAUGAGGAGAUUCCCAUGAGACAAAAGCCUUAUUUGACGCACUGGGUGGAGGCUCUUAUGAAGACCAAUGAGAAGUCAGGCAUGGAGCAGGUAGACACGGUCAAUAGUAAAGGCACGAAUGCUGGGCCCACUACAGCGGACAUUCGAAAAACUAGGGCGAGAUAUAUCACAACUUUACUGUCGAAGGAACCAUCGCCUUCGCAAGCGGCGCCACAAAUGGUCCUUGCGAGACUAUACAACGAGGAUACGCUCGAAGUAUUCGAUCUGCUACCGUACAUGCAGAUGCUUGUUGAAGAACAAGUCUGGGACAAGCUGCCCGAGCCGCAAAUACAAGCUUCUGAACAGCCCGCUCAAGAGCCUGUAUCAACAGCGAAAGAGAAAAAUUCACUGCAUAAGAAUCAGGUGCAAGCACUCGAUAGUUCACAGUCCUGGGACGAUGUUAUACUUCGAAAACUCAAAGAAGAACCCGAACAGGCCGUUCAAGAACUCGCGCACCUUCCACUUGAGAUCCCUUCCCUCGACUUUCUCACCAAACUUCACGUCAGCCGCACCUUCGAGGACCUCGGCGUAAAUGGUCAGGACGUGACCCUCCACUAUAUACAGCAUGCACUGCGGCUCAUAGAGAAGAUGGAGGCGCCACCUCCGACCUUACAGCAGGAUACAGCGACCAACGGGACCGCCAACGGCGUUGGCAAUGGAACUCCGAUCGUAGAAUACGGAAAGGAAGCGCAGAGCCGAGCCGUUAUUAUACUGUUGCUGUUCAUCAAGAGCUCAAUCAGCAAGGGUUUCUUGGAAGCAACAUCACUCUUCUUUGAGCUUCAGGAGAUAUGCGUGAGAUAUGUGUGGAUUAAAGAGGUUAGGGACUUCCGAGCUUGGGCACAAGGACAGUUGGGUAACUAG